UUCAGCCCCUGUGUACAGUCUGUAUUCAUCAGGAGUACAUAACAUUUCCUCUUCCUAGUGCUGCGAAAGCCAUCACGAAAAGGUCUCUCUUUUUUCUUCUAGGGUUUGCUUCUGAAUCUGACAUCUCAAUCUUUCCCUUUUAUUUUUCUCUCUCUCUCUCUCUCUCUCGUUGUCCCUUUUGUUUCUCAGCUUCCAAACAGUUCCAGGUACAACUCUGGAGCGAGCCAUGAACUUGACGGCUUGUAAGAUCUAAUAACCAAAAUUAAGACUGAAAAAGAAGGGCCGAGCUAACUCAGCGAGUCAAAAAAAAAAAAGAUGAUGAUGCCGAUGCAAAACCUGGACAACAUUGACAUGGAAAGUUUUCUCCCUGGCAAAAUCAGGAAACGAGGGUGUUCAUCUUCAGCUUCAUCGUCAUCAUCCGUAAUCCAAAACUACAGAUUCAAGAGAGCUAUUUUAGUUGGUAGCAAAAGGGGUGGAUCCAGUACGCCCGUGCCCACCUGGAAGCUGAUGAUGAGAUCACCAUCAACGGCGUCAAUGUUGAGAGCUACGGAGUCUCCCAAGUAUGCCGGAUCACAAAGUGGGAGUAAAGUGAAAGGACAAGGGCAGGGGCAGCAGCAGCCGAUUUCGGCGAGGAAGCUGGCGGCGACGCUGUGGGAAAUGAAUGAGAUACCGUCACCGAGAAGAAAGGAAGGCAAUGACGAGAGGAGGAGGAGGAAAGAAGGGAGAGAAAGGGGGGUGGCUAGAUCGGUUCAUUCGGGUUCUUUGCCUCCUCACUUGUCUGAUCCCUCUCAUAGCCCUGUUUCUGAGAGAAUGGAUCGAUCUGGAACAGGUAGUCGCCAGAGAAGAGCGUCAUCAGUUUCCCACAAGCUAAGGCUUACAGACCAUAAUGUUGGCGUACUGGAUUCUAUUAGCAAUGCCAGCUUAAUGGAGAUUGAAACUAAAUCUCAUGCCCAGACUCCCACAGGAUCCACAGUUGGAUUUAAGACUCGUUUGAAGGAUGUUAGUAAUGCCUUGACAACAUCCAAAGAGCUAUUAAAAAUUAUCAACCGCAUGUGGGGUCAUGAAGAUCGUCCUUCAUCAAGCAUGUCCCUUAUUUCAGCCUUACAUGCUGAGUUAGAAAGGGCUCGUCUGCAAGUCAAUCAACUUAUCCAAGAGCAGCGCUCAGACCAACAUGACAUCAACUAUUUGAUGAAGUGCUUUGCUGAAGAAAAGGCAGCAUGGAAAAGCAAGGAGCAGAAAGCUGUUAAGGCUGCUAUUGAGUCCAUUGCUGGUGAACUUGAGGUGGAGAGAAAGCUGAGGAAACGUUUUGAAGGCUUAAACAAGAAGCUUGGGAAAGAACUAGCUGAGACAAAGACAUCUCUUCUGAAAUCAGUGAAAGAACUUGAAAGUGAGAAAAGGACAAGGGUGGUGAUUGAGCAAGUAUGUGAUGAACUAGCCAGGGAUAUCAGUGAAGAUAAAGCUGAAAAGGAAGAGCUGAAGCGAGAGUCUGCAAAGGUUCGUGAAGAGGUUGAAAAGGAAAGGGAGAUGAUGCAGUUAGCUGAUGUGUUGCGUGAACAGAGAGUUCAAAUGAAACUUUCAGAGGCCAAAUAUCACCUUGAGGAGAAAAAUGCAGCUGUUGAUAAACUUAGGAGUCAACUUGAAACUUUUCUAGGUACAAAAAGAGUUAAAGAAAAAGGGCGUGUUUCUCUAAAUGAACAAAAUACUAACAGUGAGGAGAUUGCUGCCUAUCUAAACAGAGCCCAUUUUGGUCCUCAUCCCAGUGAGGAAAACGAAGAGCAUGGAGAAGUUGAAGAUGUGGUAGAAUGCGAAGAAGACUCAGGUGAAAGUGAUCUUCACUCCAUUGAAUUAAAUAUGGACAACAACAACAAGAACUACAAGUGGGCUUAUGCUCCUGGUGCCACUCGUGAUUCAAGAGAUCCUCUAAUAAAUGAAGAAGACAUCACAGGUAGAAAAUCUACCUCCAGCAGAUUACCAAGGAAAAGUACUUCUCUACAAAGGAGCAUAUCGGAUGGAGUUGAUUGGGGCAUCCAAAAUGAAAGGCUUCAAAAUUCAGGUGAUGAUUUAGAGUGGGGUAGAUUUGCUGAACUGGAGAAGCAAGUAGAAACAAAAGGUUAUGGAGAUGAAAUGCAUGGAUAUAAAGCAGUGAAGGGUCUUAGGGAACAUCUUUUAUCUGGUUCUAGAACAGGUAGAGUUUAUGCUAGUCCAACACGCGCUUCAAGAGAUGUUGGCAAUGUAACUCAAGACAGGCCCCCUUUGGUGCCUGGUAGUGUUUUGAAGUCUAGGCUGGCAGAAUCCAGGGGUGAAGCCCAUAAUGCUAGAAAAUCAAGAUGGUGAGAAAUACAAUUUUGUUGAGUAUGCUUCGUUCUCUAUAUCUAGCUCCUCUCGACUAGCAGAAGUCAACUCCGGAUGUGGAAGUUGUUUUAGGUCAAGCUUGUCAAGAAGAUUUGGAUGGAGAUGAGUUUCAUUUUUUGUUGCUUAGUGCUUUGUGUGAUGUCUGUAGAGGUGCUCAAAUUGCAAUGAUCGCUGCUUGAUAUGCACCAAUAUCUGGACCAUCCGUAGGAUUGAGCAUCUUUGUAGAGCUUUUCCCUUUCUUUUUAAGGAAGCUGUGCUAAUUGAUUUAAACUUACUUUGUACAAAACCUUCUAGUAUAACAUAAAUGUAAAAUAUGCUAGAAGUGUUCAAAAUUUGCUUGCCCUAUGUGCUUUUCCUUGUGUUUUAGUUUAUCAGUUAGCCCUUGUGUCAUUUAAGUAUA